AUGAUCUAUUUGGACAUUACUAUUGGAGAUGAAAAGGCAGGCAGAAUAGCCUUGGAGCUAUUCGAUGACAUUGUUCCUAGAACAGCGGAAAAUUUCAAGGAAUUGUGUACGGAAGAGAAGGGCUUUGGUUAUAAAGGUUGCACUUUUCAUCGUGUUAUCAAAGGUUUUAUGAUUCAAGGUGGAGACUUUACCAAUCACAAUGGUACCGGAGGUAAGUCCAUUUACGGAGAGAAGUUUGAAGACGAGAACUUCCAAAUGAAGCACGACAAACCAUUUCUAUUGUCAAUGGCCAAUUCGGGACCAAAUACGAAUGGAUCUCAAUUUUUCAUUACCACUGCUCCAACACCACAUUUGAACGGAAAGCAUGUCGUUUUUGGGCAAGUAAUUACGGGUAAAUCCAUUGUCCGUCAGAUUGAGCGUCAAGAGACAGACAAGGGAGAUAAGCCAUUGAAAGCUUGUAUUAUUUCAGACUGUGGCAUUUUAAAAGAAGGAGAUCCUACUAAGUUUGUUGAUGAAACCGGUGAUCCAUUCGAAGAAUCGUUGAAAGAUGAAUUCAGCGUUGAUGAGAAGGAUUCAGAAAGCGUCUUCACAGCCGUCAAGGAGAUUAAGCAGUUUGGUACAGAUAGUUACAAGAAGGGAAAUUUAAAGUUAGCUUUGAAGAAGUAUGUGAAGGCCUCAGCAUACUUGGAAGAAUUCUUACCGGAGGAUUUGGCUGAGGAGAAGGUUACUGAGUUGUGGCAUUUGAAGGUUUCUUGUUAUUUAAAUGCAGCAUUAAUGAGUAUGAAGAUGAAAGAUUCACAGGAAACAAUCAAAUUUUCGAAGAAAGCACUUGAAUGUGAGCAGUUGGAGGCUAAAUCGAAAGCUAAGGCCUACUAUAGAAGAGCCAUGGGUCAUUUAUUAGGACAUAAUGAAGAGGAUGCUAUUGGUGACUUCCUCAAGGCCAAAGAGAUAGAGCCUAAGGAUGGAGGUGUGAUUAAGGGACUACAAGACGCAAGGAUGAAGUUGAAGGAGAGAAAGGAUAAGGAGAGAAAGGCUUUUGGAAAGCUAUUUAACUAG